UCCCCGGAACUCCGCGGGUUUGAAGAUGAAUGACAAGCUCGCCUUUAUGAGCCACACAUAUCGUGUUUAACCGCAGUUAAUUGACGCUAAAUAUUAAAAACUUUAGCGGUAAAAUGGACUUAAGUAGACUGGCUUACCGGCUUUGUUAAUGGGAAGCGCCAGAGCUGAACAGCACAAUAGCUAAAUCCAGCACUGUUGCUAAUGCUAACAAGAACGUUAGCAUGUAUGCUUAAUGGAUUGACCCAAUGCGGAGCCCAAGAGGAGAGAACUGCAGGCUGGAUGAGCUGACAACAGUUUGUGAAGGGUUGCAGGGGGUGCUGGAGCCUAUCCCAGCUGCAUUCUUGCAACUUCAGAAUCAGCAUUUGGGUCAACAAGGCUGAAGAAGGAAAGCCACAAUGUACCCUAUCCCUCAGCAAUCCACAAAGUCCAGCUGCAGCAGUAGCUCCAGCAUCACAGAGUUGCUGGCUGCCCUGUGCGACAGCAGCCUCGCCGGGGUGUCAUGGAAGCGCAGGGCAGUGGGAGGUGUCUCACGGGAGGGCUUCCGCCGAGCUCUAAAAAGGCGUGCCUAUGGCUCCCUGCUGUCGAAGCUUUUCCAAGAAGGCACCAAAGCCCUUCCCGCCGUGGGCCCGAUGCCGAGUACACCUCCUAGGAACAAAGUCAUCAUGAUAUGUUUCGACCUGAGAAGGGCCGGCUGCCAGGAGGAGGCGGAGAAGCUGGAAGAGCAGCUGGAGAAGCUCCCGGAGGGAGCCGCCUCGGGCUUGAGCGAGGUAGAUGCCGUGCUGGAGCUCCUGGUCCACCUCGCGGGCGCCACUCCCCCACCCCCGUCCUCCUUCAGUCGGGACUAUAUGAGGCGGGAGAGGCCCGUGUUGCGCAGGCCUCUGCCAUGGCCCUACCAGAGCCAGGAGCUGCAGAGGCUGGAGGCCCGGGCAUGGGGGCUAAUAUGUGCGGAGGAGUGGGCAUCGUUGGAGAGCAGGUGUGUCACUCAGAGGUUGAUGGAUGCUGAGCCAGGCACAGGUUUAUUGGCACUAAGGGCUAAAAUAGACACGGAGGAAAAAUUUGAGCGGGAGACCAGGCUUACUCUUUUUGGAGCUCUGCACCACAGCCGAACCUCAGACUUGGACAUCAGACUGGACAUGCCUCCUAUGCCCAGUAAUGUGGACGUGACUGGGCUCAGCAUCAGGGUCCCACCAUGCUUGGAUCAGUCUGAAGAUGAAGGCUUCCAGUCUGCAUCCAAUUUGACCCCGGACUCUCUGUCGGAGCCCAGCCCCAGUCUAGAGUUGGACGUGUGGGAGGCUUUGAAAACAUUUCAACCUGGAGUACGCCGUUGCUGGGAAACUAUUGGCUGGCCGCCCGGGAAAAGAGACCGUUUGUAUCUGAGCGAGAGCGGCAGAGAGGCCUUCGACCAGAUUUAUCGACUGUGGGAGGGUGAGAUGAGGGUGGUCAACACAAGCGCGACCCCCCCAAUCCUUCCGCUGUACUUGGACUCUCAGACGCUGGUGGGCGACCUCCUGAACGUGCUUAUCGGCGUUGCAUCGUCUACUUUUCUUCUCAAUAAGAGUGUCCAGUUCGACGUCCGGCCUGGUGUGUGUGUGUCAGGUACCUCUCCGGAGAGUAUGUCUCAUCUUUUGGAGGAGCUUGCCCAGUAUGGUACCUACUACCUGAGGCUGAGCCGCUUCUCGCUGCAGAGUGCUGACAAGAAGGGCCUGGUCUUCCAGGCAUUCACUGGAGGUCUGAGGAAGUACUUGCAUUACUACAGAGCGUGUGUUCUCAGCACGCCGGCCACACUGAGCCUGCUGACCAUUGGCUUCCUCUUCCGCAAAGUGGGCCGACAGCUCAGCUAUCUGUGGGAACUAUGCCGUGUUGACGAGCCUGCGGUUGCCGACCAGGCCUCCUUCCCUGUGGGGGUCAAGCUUCUCUCCUACCUGUACAAGGAAGCUCAGAACAACUGCAGCAACGAGAACUACCCAGUCCUGCUGUCUCUCCUUAAGAGCAGCUGUGAGCCAUACACCAGGUUUGUGUCUGACUGGGUGUAUAGCGGCGUUUUUCGAGAUGUUUACAAAGAGUUCAUGAUCCAAGUCAAUGAAGAGCACCUCAGCAUCAGAGACAAGCACUUUUGGGUCCACGGCUACACGUUGAUUUCCAAAGACGUGGAGGAGUGCGUGCCCGUCUUCCUGAGACACAUCGCUAACGACGUGUACGUCUGCGGGAAGACCAUUAACCUCCUCAAGAUCUGCUGCCCUCAGCACUACAUCUGCAUGUCAGAGCUGCCCGUGCCUCGCAUCGCCGUCACCUUCUCCCUGCAGGAGGUAGAGCAGAUUGAGAGGGACUGCGCCGUGUACCGAGGGCGCAUGGAGAGGAUCGCCAAGCACAGCGCCAUCAGCAGGGAGGUGCAGGCCCAGCGAGCAGAGGAGGCGCGCCAGGAGCUGAUCAAUCAGGUCAGAGCGUCGGCAGCCAAAACACUGGAGAACAUUCGUGGGCGCCAGGUGUCACAGCGUCUGGUUGAGGAGGCCAAGAAAAGGGAGUGUUUCGAAAAGCUCAAGCAGCACCUGGAGCAGGAGAAAGAGUGGCGCAGCACGGCCAAAAAGAAGCUGGACGACGACAACAACUUCAGACUUGCUCAAGAGAAGAGACCUCAAGCACCGGAGGAGCAACUGGAGCAAAGAGCCAGAAAGGAGCUGAUUGCUCAGUACAGCCGCCUGUCAGAGGAGGCGGUUCGCAGGGAAAGGCGGGCCUUAUGGAGGGAUCAGAGGAUGACAUUUGACGCAGCCCGUUCCGACUUUUUCGUGCAAGAACAGAAGCAGUUGAAGGCGAUGUUAGAGAAAUAUCCUUUGGGCCAGGAGAGGGGCCCAGCUUUACCCGCCAAGCACAUAUCAGCGCUGGACACCCCCACCCAGGAAGUGCUUGAAACAAAACAAGAGGAAACCCAAGAAUCAGAAUCUUCUCACAGAGCUGUUGACUCUGCAGCCUUCACCUCUGGUGAUAUUCUUCCAGGAAUCGACGCCCAUCAGGUGGACGCCGCCUUGCAGGAGAUUGGCUCUCACCUGCCUGAGGUGUGUCCCACAGAGCAACUAAUCGACUACGACUUCAGCGCCCCCUUCAGUCCACUUGAAGGAAUCACCUCCCAACCCAAGCCUUGUUGUGACGUCAUUCAUAACCACCCCUCCUACUCCCACUUCCCCAUGGAUGAGAAUGUGCCUCUCAUUUUUGACAGCCUCCCUCAGGCCAGCUGCUUAGGCCACGCCUCCAAGUCCAGUUUCCCCAUUGGCCAGUGCACCCCCGAGGAGAUGCAACAUGCACCCAAAAAGAGUGUUAAUGUAGUUCCUGGUAAGGGUGCUACACAGCUAGGACAAGGUGGUGGUUCUCUGGUGCUGGAGGAAGAAACUGGUGCCCAUGAAGGUGUUGUUGCUAAUAAGAAUGCUUUGCUACAACUAAACAUGGACAGUGUUUGUAAUCGGCUUUACUCUAUCACGUGUGAUUAUAAUAUUGAUAUAUCAAUACAUCAAAAGGAUGUAAAGGUUGCUUAUCCAUCAGAUUCACUCAUCGACAUUAGCAAGAACGUUUCAGACACUCAUGCACCGCUCCUAUCCUCAAACAUCCACGACCACUCUUCGGACGCUCACAUUAAAGUUGGAGAGAACGUGUCAGACUUUGUAGCCACUUUACCUGCCAGAAACCUUCAUGGUCACGCCACCGACGCCCACAUCAAAGUUGGAGAGAACGUGUCGGACUUUGUAGCCCCUCUACCUGCCAGAAACCUCCAUGGUCACGCCACCGACGCCCACAUUAAAAUCGGUGAAAAUGUCUCAGAGGUGCCAGCGCUACUGCCCUCCCGCAGCAUCCACGGCCACGCCACUGACGCCCACAUCAAAGUUGGAGAGAACGUGUCGGACUUUGUAGCCCCUCUACCUGCCAGAAACCUCCAUGGUCACGCCACCGACGCCCACAUUAAAGUCGGCGAAAAUAUCUCAGAGGUGCCAGCGCUACUGCCCUCCCGCAGCAUCCACGGCCACGCCACUGACGCCCACAUCAAAGUUGGAGAGAACGUGUCGGACUUUGUAGCCCCUCUACCUGCCCUCUAUAGUCACGCCACCAACGGCCACAUCAAAGUUGAAGAGAGUAUCUUGGACUGUGUAGCCCCUCUACGUCCCUGUAACCUCCACGGUCAAGCCACCGAUACCCACGGCGAAAACGUCAGAGAGGUAACGGCGCCGCUGCCCUCCGCCGACGUCCACGCCACCGAUGCCGACAUCAAAGUUGCAGAAAAAAUGUCGAACUUUCUAGCCCCUCUACCUGCCAGAAAUCUUCAUGGUCAUGCCACCGAUGCCUACAUUAAAGUUGGCGAAAACAUCUCAGAGGUGGCGGUGCUGCUGCCCUCCCCCAGCAUCCACGGUCACGCAACCGAUGCCCACAUCAAAGUUGGAGAGAACGUGUCGAACUUUGUAGCCCCUCUAUCAGCCAGAAACCUCCACGGUCACGCUGCCGACACCCACAUUAAAGUUGGAGAGAACGUGUCGGACUUUGUAGCCCCUUUACCUGCCAGAAACCUUCACGGUCACGCCACCGACGCUAACAUUAAAGUUGGCAAAAAUGUCUCAGAGGUGGCGGCGCCGCUGCCCUCGCCCAGCAUCCACGGUCACGCCACCAACGCCCACAUUAAAGUUGGAGAGAACGUGUCGGACUUUGUAGCCCCUCUACCUGCCAGAAACCUUCACGGUCACGCCACGGACGCCAACAUUAAAGUUGGCGAAAAUGUCUCAGAAGUGCCGGCGCUGCUGCCCUCGCCCAGCAUCCAUGGCCAUGCCACUGACGCCCACAUCAAAGUUGGUGAGAACAUGUCAAACUUUGUAGCCCCUCUACAUGCCAGGAACCUCCAUGGCCAUGCCACCGACGCCCACAUCAAAAUUGGAGAAAACGUAUCGGACUUUGAAGCCCCUCUACCUGCCAGAAACCUCCACGGUCACGCCACAGAUGCCCACAUUAAAGUUGGCGAAAACAUUUCAGAGGUGGCGGACCCGCUGCCCUCGCCAAGCGUCCAUGGCCACUCUUCCGACGCUAACAUUAAGGUAGGAGAGUUUGUUUCCAACGUUCCAGAAGCGAGACCACGUUGGAGCAAGUACGGCCACGUCUCCGACUGCACACUCCGGCCAGGCUGCGUGGUCUCGGGGUCGGAACCCGCUUCCACACCCUUGCCUGGGAGCGCUUACGGGCACUCUUCCGACGCCAACCUGGGCGUCGGCUGCAUGGUCACCCAAAGUAGCCCGGCUCUUCUCCCGCUGCCGGGCAGUCAAUACGGACACUCUUCAGACUCCGCUUUGGGGGUGGGCUGCGUGGUGUUGGGGACGGAACCACAAGUCUCCCCUCUACCAGGCAGCCAGUACGGACACUCUUCAGACUCCGCUUUGGGGGUGGGCUGCGUGGUGUUGGGGACGGAACCACAAGUCUCCCCUCUACCAGGCAGCCAGUACGGACACUCGUCGCAUUCUUCGUUGGGAGCUGGAUGUGUGGUGGGAGGAAAAGCACAUCCCAAAGAGGAAGCGCAAGUUUGGGAGUCUGUGAUGUGCACGCAGCAGGCAGAGGGCGCAGGGUUGGACUUGUCCCCCCGAGAGAUGUUUGAACAGGAGUACAUGUUGGCUUUGUCUGCUCAGUACCAGGUGGACCAUUAUGAAGACUGCUACAACAUCAUGGCUUCGUCCCCUAAUAGUCAGCUGCUGAAGCAUAUGACUCGGGGACCCUGGGGUCUCCCCUUGGAGCUUGGCUUCCACCAGGCCACGGACACCACGGCCGUGCAGCUAAGUGAGAUGGUGUCCUUGCCGGUCCUCAUCAAAAAUUCUGUCACUGCCCCGCUCAUCACACACGUGUCGUUGGUGAACAAGGCGGCGGUGGACUACUUCUUCGUGGAGUUGGGGGUGGAGCGCCACUUUGAGGCGCUGCGCCACUUUCUGCUGAUGGAGGACGGCGAGUUUGCGCAGUCGCUCAGUGAUCGACUUUUUGAGAAGCUGGGCAGCGGGCAGACCCCUGGUGAGCUGCUCACCCCCCUGGUGCUCAACUCCAUCCUGAACAAAGCGCUGCAGUACAGCCAGAACCGUGACACGCCCCACGCUGCCAACUUCACCUUCGCGCUGCGUUUCCUGCCUGACACCUUCCGCCCGCACGCCCCCGACUCACUCAACUGUCUGGAGUUGCGCUACAAGGUGGACUGGCCUCUCAACAUCAUCAUCACAGACAGCUGCAUGAACCAGUACAACCGCCUCUUCUCCUUCCAGCUGCAGCUCAAACACAUGGUCUGGAGCCUCAGAGACGUCUGGUUCCACCUCAAGAGAACUGCGUUGGUGAAAGAUGCGGGUCGCUCGGUGCAGUUUCGUCAGCUGCAGCUUUACCGCCACGAAAUGCAGCACUUUGUCAAGGUCAUCCAAGGUUACAUCGCCAACCAGAUCCUCCAGGUGUCAUGGAGCGAGUUCACUGCCAAGAUGGCCACCGCUUGUGACCUGGACGCCAUCCACCGCACGCACGCAGACUACCUAAACAGAGCCAUCUUCAGAGCUUUGCUGACAAAGAAGGCGGCGCCGGUGAUGAACAUCAUCCACAGCAUCUUCAGCUUCAUCCUCAAGUUCCGCGCGCAGCUCAUCGCACAGCCUUGGUCCAGCCAGCAGGGGGAGGUGGUGCACCCCAGCUUCAUCGCCAUGCAGCAGUCGUACAACACCUUCAAGUAUUACUCACACUUCCUUUUCAAAGUGGUGACCAAACUGGUGAACAGAGGAUAUCAGCCUCAUUUGGAAGACUUCCUCCUGCGCAUCAACUUUAACAACUACUACAAAGACUCUUGAAGAACUUUCCUCCAGAAGGUCCUAUCUUUGCCCAUGUGAUGUCAGAUUAAACAAAAAGAUUUGCUGUUUGGCCAUAAUACCCAGCAAUAUGUUUGGAGGAGAAAAGGUGAGGCCUUUGAUUCCAAGAACACCAUCCCUACCGUCAAGCAUGGUGGUGGUGGUAGUAUUAUGCGCUGGGCCUGAUUUGCUGCCAAUGGAACUGGUGCUUUACAGAGAGUAAAUGGGACAAUGAAAAAAAGGAGGAUUACCUCCAAAUUCUAAAGGACAACCUAAAAUCAUCAGCCCGGAGAUUGAGUUUUGCGCAGUUGGGUGUUCCAACAGGACAAUGACCCCAAACACACGUCAAAAUAAAAUUAAAAAAAUGAUCUAAGCCUGGGCCCUGGAGAGGGGGGUCCAGACUGAGGCCAAGGGAAAAAAACAACAACUCAUAGCCAUAGUACACAUCGCUGUCACGUGUGUGUGAGAGGGAAACAUCAAAGAAGACAAAGGACAUUAAAGUAAGGGGCGCUGGAAGCCGGCAGACCCGUCAGCGAUCCUGUUCUGUCUCCCUGUAACGUUUUUCUGAUCUUGAAUGAAAUUGUGCUGACAAUUUUUAUUUUCCUGAAGGAACUCUCCUGAAGGAAUAAAUAAAGUACUAUCUAAUCUAAUCUAAUUAUGAAUAAAUAUUUCUACACAUAGAAGUAAUCAUCAACUUAAAGUGCCCUCUUUGGGGAUUGUAAUAGAGGUCCAUCUUGAUUCAUGAACUUCAUUCUAAACAUUUCUUCACAAAAAAAGAAAUCUUUAACAUCAAUAUUUAUGGAACAUGUCCACAAAAAAAUCUAGCUGUCAACACUGAAUAUUGCAUUGUUGCAUUUCUUUUCACAGUUUAUGAACUGUAUUAUUCAAUAAAUAUAUUUAUAAAGGAUUUUUGAAUUGUUGCUAUUUUUGGAAUAUUUUUGAAAAAUCUCACAUACCUCUGGGCAUACCUUCAAGUACCCUCUGGGGUACUUGAAGGUUUUGGUCACAUUUUCAGUACACCCAUAAUAAAUUCAUAAAAGAACCAAACUUUAUGAAUGUUUUUUUCUGACCUACAAGUGUGUGGUCCAAUCACCAUCACAAAAAAUAAUAGUUGUGAAAACUAUUGGAAACUCAAGACAGCCAUUAUGUUCUUUACAAGUGUAUGUAAACUUUUGACCACGACUGUAUGUUCACUGAAGGCAUCAAAACUGAAUGAACACGUGAAGUUUUGUACUUAAUAAUAAAAGGGGAAAUAACUGAAACAUGUUUUAUAUAUUGUAAAUUUCUUCAAAAUAGCCACCCUUUGCUCUGAUUAAUGCCUUGCACACUCUUGGCAUUCUCUCGAUGAGAUAUAUUUGUUGUCUUAACUUUAGUAACUCUUUUUACAAUUAAUAUAUUUUCAUCUAUUUUUUAUAACAUGCUCACACACAACGAAGGUCACGUACAGUAUUUGUAACAUGAAUGAGGAGACAAAGAAACAUUAAUUAUUAAAGAUCCCAUGCUUUUAUUUGUAUGUUUGCUGUGAGUCACAUGACAUUUGAAUGACAA